GGGCGAGGUGCUGGCUGCUGUCAGGGUGCUUGCGGGGCUGCAUGCGGCCAAUGAGAGGGCGGGUUGCAAGCUGCCCUUCACAGAGUUCCACAACCCGCAGCUCUCAGCCGCUGUCAACCUGCGUCGGGAGUACAUCUUGUGGCUGCAGGCCGCCGACGGCCGCUCGCCGCCGCCUCCACUCUCCCUGCCGACCGGUGAUGGCGGUUCCACUCAGCACCACCAUCACCACCCCCAUGCGACCACCCCCCUGGUGUCGCUGUGCCAGACGCCCUGCCUGCUGACACCCGAGGCAAAGAGCCGCAUACUGCAGGGUGAGGCGCACCUGCAGAAGGAGGCGGAGAUGAGCGCAAGUGCCCGCGAGGCGCUGAUGCAGGGCCUGCACCCCGCCGCCUCCGUGUUCCUGGACAUUGCGGUGCGGCGCAGCAGCCUGCUGCGGGACGCGGCGCAGCAGUUGGCGGGCCGCCCGCCGCACCACCUGAAGCGCCCGCUGCGGGUGACGUUCGUGUCGCAGGGGGUGCCGGAGGAGGGGGUGGACCAAGGGGGCGUCAGUCGGGAGUUCUUCCAACUGCUGGUUUCGGAGAUCUUCCAGCCGCAGUACGGCAUGUUUACCUACAAUGAGGAGAGCCGUACCUUUUGGUUCAACCCCGCCUCCGCCUGCCUGGAGGAAGCUGGCGCGGUGGCUGAGUGGCGGCUGGUGGGGGCGCUGCUGGGGCUGGCCAUCUACAAUGGGAUCAUCCUGGACGUGCACUUCCCGCAGGCUGUCUACAAGAAGCUGCUGGGGGAGCCGGUGGGGCUGCCCGACCUCACGGAGGCCUUCCCCAGCCUGGGCAGGUCGCUGCAGGCGCUGCUGGACAUGGAUCCGGAGC